AUGACAGCAUGUGACCCCGGUGAGCAUGGACCAGGCUGUACAUCACACUGUGGUCAUUGUCGUGAUGACAAAACCACGUGCAACAUAAACAACGGUUCUUGUCCAUAUGGAUGUUCAUCUGGUUACAAAGAGGAUUUGUGUAGUAUACGCUGUGCUCCCGGCGAGUUUGGCCCUAACUGUGCAUCAAACUGUGGCUACUGUCAUGACGGCAACACGACGUGCGACACUAACAAAGGGCACUGCCCAACAGGAUGUGCCGCUGGAUACAAAGGGGACUUUUGUAAAACCAACUCUUUCAAAAACAUGAAUGCUUGCAACCGAAUCUGGGCAUGCAGGAUCAAGAAAAACAUGUGUUCGAGUCGUUAA